CAGUUCGACGAAAGCGAACUUCAGGAUAGGGAUUUCCCGUGGAGCAUGCAAGGAUUCAACAUUUCCUGGGUUCCGGGCCGCACUACCGUCGUGUACGUGCCCGCGAUCAACCUCGUGGUGCGGUUCUUCGAGCUCAACUACGGCUUCAGCAUCGAAGUGCCCUCGUUCACGUACUCCGGGAAAUUGACGGGACUGUGCGGCGACUGCGACUUGGACGAGAGCAACGACCUUCAGCACCGCAGCGGCUACCAAGUUGCCGAGGUGCGCGACUUCGCCUACAGCUGGCUGGUCGAGGGCAGCCCGGAGAUCUGCACUGUGCUGCGCUCGUCGAGCCAGCGGGAGGUGCCUCCGGAGGUGUGCCGGUUCCAGGAGAACGCGUGCGAGCUGUACGUGGAUCCCGUGGCGUACCAGCGGGCCUGCCUCAGUGACGCCAGCUACUCGCGCAACCUGAGCGCCUCGGUGUGCCGCUCCAAGCUGCAGUACGCCGCGCACUGCUGCGCCACGGCAGGGGUGUCCGUGCACCGGUGGCUGCAGGACUCCGGAUGCGAUUUCAGCUGCCCGAAGAACAUGGAGCUGCGCUGCGACACCGGCUGCCCCAAGACAUGCGCCAACUACAAGGAGCCGGAAAGUGCGUGCCCCGUGAUGCCGACGUACUCGUGCUUCUGCAAACGCGGCUUUGUCCUCAAGAACGGCGAAUGCGUCGACACUAAGCACUGCGAGGCCUGUGACGAUCAGGGACACUUGGUCGGCGACUCGUGGCAAGUGAGCUCCUGCGAGACGUGUGGUUGCGGCGAGAAUCUGAAGAUUCGUUGCAGAAGCAUCAUCUGCCCGCCCCCGCCAAUCUGCAGAGAUGAUGAGAAGCUGCAGCAACUUCCGAAACAGAACGGGACAUGCUGCGAGGCCUACCUUUGCGAUGCCAAUUUGAUAUCCUCCUGCAAGGCGCCCGAACCCGUCAUAUGUCCACCAGGUGCCAUAACCAAGAUAAAGACAGACAGCUCCGGAUGCCCAACCCAUGUCUGCGAGUGCGACCCGAAGAUGUGCCCGCCGCUGCAUUGGCCCGUCACCCUCGACCCGGGACUGGAGGCGUUUGUGGAGCAAAAAGGUUGCUGCAACAAGGUGUCCGUGAGGUGCAACCUAAACAAGUGCCCCGAGAUACCCACGUGUCCGCCUGAGACUGAGCUGGAGAACGCGCCAGGAGAGUGCUGCACCGUCUACAAGUGCAUGCCCAAGAAUAAAUGCGCCUACAUCCACCGCUACAGGGUUGUGAACGGCAUGCAGGUUCAGCUUCAUCCCGAGCAGCGCUAUCAAAAGAUGUAUCCAGUGGACUCAAGCUGGACGGACGGACUCUGCACCAACUGCACGUGCACUGAACACUUCCACCAGUACCAGUAUAGCUGCAGAGUCAAAGUGUGCCCCAGCCAUCAGAAAGACAGUGAGGACUACGAGUACUCGGCGUCCUCGCGCAACGUUGGCGUGUGCUGCCCGGAGGAGCGUCGCACCGCAUGCCGGGGCGGCGGCCAGACGCGAUCCAUCGGCGAGGCCUGGGAGGAGCCCGCGGACGGCAAGUGCCGUUCGUACCGCUGUGAAAGGUCGCCCACCACCGGCGAGGCCGUCAAGGUGGUGCUCACGCAGAUCUGCAACAACACCUGCCACCCGAGUGAAAAGUUUGUAGAACCUGCUCCAGGCUCCGGAGAUUGCUGUGGACGUUGUGUACGCGAGUACUGUGAUGAAGGCGGUAAACUGUACCAGGUCGGCGAGACAUGGGUGUCCAAUGUCAGGCCAUGCUUCGAAGUCAAAUGCGUCCGCAAUGACCAUGGCGCCGUGGAAAUGAAGUACACGCUCAGGCCGUGCCCGCCGCUGCCAUCCAACUGCCCAAGAAACAGCAUCGUGCGCGAUGAGACCGGAUGCUGCCAGAAGUGUCAAGUUACACCAGGUCCCUGUGCACCUCGCAUACUAAAAGAACAACAGACGGUGCAGUACUUCUUCCUGAAUGACCCCAACCACGGGUUCUGUUCAAAACCCCGACGCCAUACCAGGUCUGGCUGAAUGUCGUGGACAAUGCACUUCGAGCACUGUUUACAAUCCGGAGACAAACAACUUCACGUCGAGGUGCAGCUGUUGCACCAUCACGAAAUCCGUGCCGAGAAAAGUGACGCUAACGUGUGAGAAAGACCAGAAAACCCACCGCAUCCAGAAGGACUACCAGAACCCGACGGCGUGCAGCUGCACCCCGUGUGGGGAGUCGCGGGAUCCUUCAGGCGGCAUAAAAGUGCCCAUACCACUUUAAUGUGGGCACGCCACCGGGCAGCGCCCGAGCAUGAGAAUGUGUGUACACCACCAUCAUAACGUCGUUGCUCCUGUGGAAUGAAAGUAAUGGCAGGACCUUGAAAAGCUAUCAUCUAAGCAUCGUUU